GCUGAGUGAAUGUUUCUUGUACACUAGCCAGUUACACGUUAGACUCUGGGCGAAUCCUUGACGUCGUCAUCGUCGAGCCAUUGGGUAGGCUGUCCUCUCUCUCACAAGACUGUUCAACAUUCACAACCUCUCUCAUUUUUCUUUCUUACGAAGAUGAUUCUAAGUCAGAUCUCCUAUUUGGACUGCAUUGCCUUUCUAGUCUGCCUCGCGCCCCAAUUGCUGAUCCAGAUUGGCGUGUUUCCACUGCUAAAAUGGUUGAUACCUGCCCUGCCGUCACUAAUUCCUCAAGUCUUCGUGAUCCCCUACCAAUUUAUUCGCUCAAGGUUGUUCACCCCAUAUGAACAGCGCACCCCGUUCGUCCAAAAAGCAACACCAUUCCAGGAUUUCGUUAUUCGUUUCGUUCGGUAUGCCUUCGCCAACAUGCCAGCCUUCCUGGGGCGCGUUUUCUUUUCGAAACAAGUAUCGUUGCCGUUUCUGCGCUUUCGAAUGCUUCGUCACGGAAUCUUCACCUCGCCACUGAGAUGGACAGAAGUUAAGAGACCGGGCUUCCAAGGUGUUUAUGUUGUACACAAUCCCCAAGAGCAACCGGAUGUUAUUGUGUAUUAUUGUCAUGGUGGCGGGUUUUCUAUGGGCAGUAGUUUCUUCUACAUGGAAUUCUUGCUUGCCUGGGUUUCGCUUCUCAAGUCCGCUGGCUUUAGGAACCCGGCACUCUUUGCAUUGGAGUACACACUCGUACCCGAUGCGAACUAUCCCACUCAGCUCCACGAAACGGUGGCAGGGUAUGAAUACGUCCUCUCACUCGCUCAGUCAUCGACACGCGUUGUAGUGGGUGGAGACUCAGCAGGCGCAACACUCAUUCUUACAUUCCUCCUUCACCUGACCUCCGACGCGAAACUCCGCCAUCAGAAACCUGGCCUUGCGAUCAUGAUAAGCCCUUGGGUCACUAUCGUCUCGCCCAAAAACCGCAAUACAGCAUCCGACUACCUCAACAGCACGACUCUAGAGAUCUACGGCCGUCAGUACAUCGGCUCCAAAACCUCUCCCUCGGAUCCACUAGUGUCUCCGGGGCAAUGCAGAGACUCAAAGAAGUGGGCCGACGCGAGCCCAGAGAAAGGAUGGUACUUUCUGUACGGUGGUGAAGAGGUGCUCGGUCCAGAGACAAGAGCGUUGAUCAAUCUGCUGAAGGAAACUGGAAAAGAGGUGGAGGAAUGGGAAGACAAGGGUGGAAUUCAUGCAUGGCCUGUGGCGAGUUUGUAUCUGGGUGAGACGAGGGAGGAGAGACUGGGCGGACUGAAGAGUAUUGUUGAUGUUAUGAAGGAGAGGAUAACAUGACUUUAGUUGUAAUUGGUUGUGCAACAGAUGGUGGAGGUGGUACUAGGCUUAGCGUACGUGGCUUAGAUGAUCCCCUCUGUCGUCAUCCGUGCAUAGUUCCUCAAACGAACAUACGACGAGUACGCCUUGCGGCAUAUUGAUGCAUCUUGUCAGCGUCUCCGGAACUCGACCACUGAAUGCCCUGACUGGGCAGGCCGCUAGGCAGUCGCAUGUGCAGAAUGGCACUGUUCCUAUACUCUCUUGGGUCAACAUAUGACAACACAUACACCGUUCAGCUCAACCCCG